AUGAGCUCCAGGACAGAUAAAGAUGAGUUGGAAGACACUUCCUCCUUCGCAAGUAAUGAUAAGAUACCCGGCACCAGUGAAGAUAGUGACAAUAGGGCGGGCAGCCCCAAUGAAAAACACCUCACGUCAUCCGAUGGGCAGAAUCCUCAUUUAAGUUCAUAUUACGAAGAUUUUGACACCGAAAGUCUUAGUAGUGAGGCCCGCUCAGCAGAUGUGGGGCCCCAGACUCAACCAGUAGCCUUGAAAACUGAAGGUUCUUCGCGUACCAGGUCCCUGGUCAGAGACAUCUAUGGAGAUGCUCAACCAGACGUCAUUUCAUUGAGACGGACACAAUCCAGGAAGACCAUUAUGAAAACACUUAGCAGCAGAUUGGAGAAGACUGACACCUAUAAAGACGUGCCCGAUAUUUCUGUGCCCACCACCAACUUUGGUAAAGAAUUCGAUGAUGUGGACCCUGAGUUGGUGACGUGGGAUGAAAACGACCCUGAAUUCCCCAGAAAUUGGAGCCUUAAAGCCAAGUCAAUGCAGACUUUAAUAGUGGCCCUUUACACCUUGAUAUCUCCCAUGUCAUCAUCUGUAUCGUCUCCAGCAUCUGCUGAAAUUGCCAAAGACUUUGGCAUCACUAACAAGUCUGUUCAGGCCUUGACGGUGAGUAUCAUGAUUCUUGCAUUUGCAAUUGGCCCUUUGGUAAUUGCUCCAUUGUCCGAGAGUGACAGAAUUGGCCGGAAACCAAUUAUGAACCUAUCGAUUUGGAUUAUUUUCUGCUUCAACUUGGGAUGUGGUUUCACUAAGAACACCUACCUGUUGUGUAUUCUUCGGUUUUUGGGUGGGUUGGGUGGUUGUGCUGCUUUGAAUGUAGGGGCAGGCACGUUGGCUGAUUUAUUUGAUGAUAAGACUAGAAACACCGCCAUGGCAUUCUACUCCAUCUGCCCCAGUUUAGGACCGGUGGUAUCACCCAUUAUAUCUGGGUUUGUGGUCCAGAACCUCAACUGGAGGUGGUGUUUUUGGAUAUUAAGUAUCUUCAACUUUGCGGUGGCAGUGGUGGGAACUAUUUUUUUCAAAGAAACCUACUCUCCAAAGCUCUUGCACGAUAGAGCAGUAAGGUUGAGAAAGGAAACUGGUAAUGAAAACUUGCACACUAUUUUUGACUUGGCCAAUGAUGUCCCCAGGUGGCUUGUUAUUAGGUACACCAUGUUGAGACCUGUUAAGUUAUUGACGUAUCAUCCUAUGGUUAUUGGGUUAGGUUCUUUCAUGGCUUUCGCAUACGGAUUCAUGUACUUGAUGCUUGUGACAUUUCCUAAAGUUUUCCAAGGGUCUUAUGGAUUCUCUGUUGAGAUAUCGGGUUUGAUGUUCAUACCUAUGGGGAUUGGGUAUAUAUUAGGAACAAUUGUGUUUACGCUUUUGGUGCAACACUUUUACGAUAAGCUCACGGCCCAAAAUGGUGGGGUCCCCAAACCAGAAUAUAGACUUCCCUGUUUGGUGGUUUCAGGAGUAGGGUUGCCCAUGGGGUUGGUGAUCUAUGGAUGGUCGGUGCAAUAUAAAACCCACUGGAUGGUUCCUGCAUUGGGUUCGGGGAUUUUUGCCUUUUCUUUCAUUGCCGUGUUUCAGACCAUCCAGAACUACUUAAUUGACAUGAACCCAAGAUUCAGUGCUUCUUCGGUGGCGGCAGCUGCCAUGUUCAGAUCAUUAUUCGGGUUUUCAUUCCCUUUGUUCGCCACCGCAAUGUACGAUAGGUUGGGUUAUGGUUGGGGUAAUACCAUGUGUGCAUUUAUUGGGUUGGCAUUAGGAAUUCCCUUCCCACUCUUUUGUUUGAAAUACGGUGAAAGAUUGAGACACUGGGCCGAUAGGAGAAUGGCCAAACAACAAGCUGCAUUUGACGAAAAGGUUUUUAAAGUCAAAAAUGCAGCAUAG